AUGCUAGAUAUCGUCCGGUUGCGGACGAAUCGGUCUCCGCCUGUAUACGUCGAAUACAAACCCGGCGUCGAGUUCAGCAUCGAGUUCGGCGGUGCUCGCUCCGCGCCAACGAUAGAGGACAGAGGGUGCAAAUACGACGCCGCACGCGUGAGGGACUUGUACAGGGAUGCGGAGGACGACGGGAGGAGCUGCGACGGUACCGGCCAAGUGUGA